GAUAACGUUCACGUGUUUUACUCAUAGAUAUAUAUACAAUUACAAAAAUACUUUUUAAAAAAUAAUUUUAUAUAUCUGUGGUUUUAGUGCUUUACUAUAGUUAAUACUUACUCAAUUUAAGAUGAAUGUUCCUAAAGAUUUAUCGGAGGCGAGUGAGACGACCACUAACGAAAGCCUCAAGAUGUCUAAUCCUGCAUGGGCUGAUGCUAUGAGCAAAAUCUUAAAGACAAAAAAACCGAAAGGAAAACCAUUAGUAUUGUCCAAGGCAAAGAUCAUUUCAGCAACUGACCUAAAUAAAAUAAAACAAGAAAAAGAGGAUGUAGAUGACACAUUUGAAGUUGUAGAUAAAGGUGGUCAGAAAGUUGCAGCACCAGUUAAUAUUGAAGAUAUUAAAGAUGAAAAACCAGAUUUGGAACAUUUAGAACCGAAAAUACCAAACAGAAUUCGAAUAAGAGAACAAGUAUUAAUGGGAAGACAAAAACCUUCAGUUAGUGAUAGAGUUAAAGAAAAAAAUUUAUCAAAAAUUGCUACAAAGGGUGUUGUACAAUUAUUCAAUUUAGUUAAGCAGCAACAAAGAACUGUAGAGAAGAAAUUGAAAAAUGUAGGACCAUCUAUUUUAAAACAAGAUAAAGUAUUAGAAUCUCUAGAUAAAAAAUCAUUUAUUGAUUCUAUCGAUCAUAGAAAAGAAAAUCAUGAAAGUGGUUGGGAUGUUCUUCGAGAUGAUUUUAUGGGUGGAACAAAGAUUAAAGAUUGGGAUAAACAGAUUGAAAAUGAUAGUGAAAAUGAUGGAAUUAAUAUUUAAAUUAAUAUAAAUUAUUUAGAAGUGACAAAGAAUGAACUUUUCUUAUAAUUUUUAUUAUAAAUGAAUUUAUUUUAGUAACUUGUAGUUACUUUUUUUUUUAAUUGUAUUUGUGAUAACUAUGAAAUAAGAUUUAGACG